GAGCUGCAUAGAGCUCUCCAUUAAGUGAUAUCGAUAUACCGUUAAAUCGCUGAGUACCGUUCACGUGCUACGUAACCAAACAGGUCCGGAAGGCAGAAACAGCCGUAAAUUUGCGAAAACGACAAAUCUUCAAGAAGUAAAUCACUAAGAAAUCAAAGCAUAACUGUACUUUUCUGAACAUUAACGCUUGCCAAAGUAGAAGAUCUACUAACUAGUCGAAGGAAAAACCAAAAAGAAAACAAAAAAAAAACUAAUCCACACCAAAGUUCACUUCAUUUAAUUUUUUUUGCUACGCGCACAAAAACCAAACAAAAACUUGAACUAUAGAAUGGUAGAAGGUGAUUCUGCAAAAAGUAAAAGCGAAUCCUAUAAUGUAGAAGCUGGCCUACAACCAAACUACAAUCAGACUAACGCGGCAGUCGCGGGCAACGCAGGGAGCGCAGGGAACGCUGGCAACGCAGCAAUCAAUCCAAACAAUUCACCCAGCCUAACCGGCUCGAAUAGCAAUAGGAGCAACGCGAUAGCGCAUAUUGAUAAUCGUGCAAUCAUCCAACCGUAUUCACUGGGCACGGGCGUUAAACAGCCGGAAUAUCAAUUUGCGGCAGAUAAUCGCGGCUACGAGCCGGAACCAAAUACCAAUGGCAAGCAUCAGGACGUAGAGCGCAGCGGCGCUGGCGCUGGCGGUGCCGGCGGCGACACUAGCUCCGAUGAGGAUGGGAAACGUAAGACGCCGUUGCCGCCACCGAAUCGGCCCAUAGUCGCAAACUUUGAGCGGGCCAUCGAGCUGUGCGAAUAUGGCAAAUUCCAUUAUAUACUGUUGGCCAUUUGCGGGCUGGUCAGUACAUCGGAGGAGAUGGAUGUCAUCUCGAUGUCGUUCAUAUUGCCAUCGGCCCAGUGUGAUUUGGAUUUGAAUACCGCGACGAAGGGAUGGCUGAAUUCAAUCAUAUUCAUUGGCAUGAUGGUGGGCGCCUAUUUUUGGGGCAGCAUCGCCGACAGUUUUGGACGCAAAAAGAUUCUGAUUGUCAUCUCGUUCAUGAACGGUCUGUGCAUUGUUGCCUCGUCGUUUUCGCAAAGUUACGUCUAUUUCAUGCUCUUUCGCUUUCUCAAUGGCGCAGCGCUGGGCGGCAGUGGUCCUGUCAUCUGGUCGUAUUUCGCCGAAUUCCAACCGAAAGCGAAACGCGGCUCCAUGCUUAGCUUCAUGGCUGCCUUCUGGACCUUUGGUAAUCUGUUUGUGGCCGGCCUGGCCUGGCUGAUUAUUCCGACACAAAUUGGCGUUACAUCGCCAUAUUUUACAUACAAUUCGUGGCGCAUCUUUUUGCUGGUGUGCUCGUUCCCAUCGUUUCUGGUUGGCUUUCUGCUCUUCUAUCUGCCGGAAUCGCCCAAAUUUCUGCUGACACGCGGCAAAAAGGACAAAGCUCUGGCCAUAUUCCGUGGCAUCUUUGUGACAAACACACGCAAAAAGCCCGAAGAGUAUCUGGUAUACGAUCUGGAGGUCGACGAGAAGCUGGCCACAGAGAGCGCCGUCGGCUUCAAGGGCAAAUAUCAUCGCAUGAUCACCGGCAUGGUUGAUCACAGUCGCGACCUCUUCAAAUCGCCAAUAUUGAGAUUUACGCUCGUCUCGAUCACCAUCAAUUUUACAUUCCACAUUGGCUACUACGGCCUGAUGAUGUGGUUCCCCGAGGUGUUCAAUCGCUACGAGGAGUUCGAGAAGUCGCAUCCCCAGCAACAGGCCGACAUCUGCACCGUCACCGAGUAUGUGGUCAAUCAGAGUCAGGCGGCCAGCAAUAAUGGCACCUGCAAUUCGGAUAUACCAUCGUCGGUGUUCAUGGAAUCGCUGAUAACGCUCGCCUCCGCCCUGCCGGCCAAUCUGUUUGCCAUUUUGGGCAUGGAUAUGCUGGGCAGACGAUUCUUUCUGAUUGCCGGCACCAUGACCGCCGGCAUAUGCUCUGCCCUGAUGUACUUGGUGCGCAGCUCAUUGCAGAAUCUGCUCGUAUCGGCCGUGUUCAGUGGCGCCAUAUCGGCGGCAAAUGCGGCGCUCGAUUGUCUCAUCACCGAAGUAUUCCCCACCAAGUUGCGUGCGACCGGCGUUGCCAUAUCGAUGGUGGCGGCGCGUCUUGGUGGCAUCAUUGGCAACAUUGUAAUUGCCCAGCUGCUCGAUCAUUUCUGCCCGGUGCCGACAUUCAUUGUAUCCGGCCUCCUUAUCGGCGGUGGUCUCAUGUGCCUCCUGCUGCCCAAUACGACGCGAAAGGAGCUCAAUUAAUAUCCAACUGGAUAAAACUUUGAUAAGCGUCGUCAACGCGUCAACUCAACCCACUCAAAAAAAAAAAAAGCAAAAAAAUACGGUAUAUACCAAAAC